AUGAACUAUGUAACGCAAUAUAUACAGUAUACACUUCUUUUUAUUAAAGUAGUAGUUGUAUAUUUUUCUGGCAGUGUGGUGUGUGAAAUCGGUCCGGCCAAAAUCGACAAAGCCGGAGAGGUGGAAAUCAUUGUGGGCAGAGGAAAGAAAGGCAUAUCCACACAUCUGGUCCGCUUCACCUACAGGGACCCUGUAGCACAGAGCGUGUCUCCUGAACGAGGUCCUAAAGCAGGAGGAACCAUCCUCACUAUCGCUGGGGUGGACCUGGACACCGCUUCAAAACAAGACCUUCAAGUCAUGGUGGGCGAUGUGCCCUGCCGAGUUGAGAGCUUUGGAAAGCGGAUGACCUGUAAACUGUCGGAGUAUCUGGGCGAUACGGUUCCGUCGCCUCACCUCACCGUCAGAGUCCAAUACGGCAAACACACCACAACCAGCAUCAGCACGGCCUUUCAGUUCUCCAGCAACCCCUCUGUGUCCGACCAUCAGCCCAGGAGCAGCUUCAUCUGUGGUGGCCGAGCAAUCCUGGUGCUGGGUUCUGGGUUUGACCUGGUCCAGAAGGCUUCUAUCAGGGUGGUGGCGUCGGCUGGAGAAUGGUCCACACAGACCGUCCCAGAAGAGUUUGUAGAGAAUUGCACAUUCAAAAACGACACCUUGAUCACGUUUGUGUCACCUGCGGUCAACGAGUCUCAGUUCUAUAGGACGUACGUGCAGCUGGAUAACCUCCAGACCGAGCUGACACCGUUUGAGUAUCACCCCAACCCCACGUUUGAUCCCCUCAGCAAGACCGUAAUCACUGAGAACAGCAUGAUCAUUGUGAAUGGUCGUGGUUUUUCUAAAGCGAUGACGGCGAAUGAAGCGCAGGCGUUUGUGGGAGACAUAGAGUGUAACGUAAACACGUUACAGGAUGAAAAAUUAUUCCUGGACCCGCCGUCGAAAGUCCCCAGUGCUCGAUCCAAGAGACAGAGGAGAGACACCGGCUCUGACCCGCUCGACCUGGUGAUUAAGUUUGGGAAGGGCGAGUGGUUGGUCGGCUCAGUCCGGUACGAGAGGAAGUACAGUCUCCCGCUGCCCAUCAUCAUCCCGGCGGUGCUCGUUCCCAUGCUGCUGAUCAUCGUCAUCUCCGUCCUCUGCUACAGGAGGAAGAGCCAGCAGGCCGAGCGCGAGUACGAGAAAGUGAAGCAUCAGCUGGAGAAUCUGGAGGAGAGUGUUCGUGACCGCUGCAAAAAAGAGUUCACAGAUCUGAUGAUUGAAAUGGAGGACCACGGCAAUGACAUCAGCGAGGGCCGCAUCCCCUUCCUGGACUACAAGACCUACACCGACCGCGUCUUCUUCCUGCCCUCGAAGGACGGUGCCAACGACGUCAUGAUCACCGGCAAACUGGAUAUCCCAGAAUCCCGCAGGGCUACGGUCACCCAGGCGCUGAACCAGUUCUCCAACCUCCUCAACAGCAAAACUUUCCUCAUCAAUUUUAUCAGGACGCUGGAGGGCCGUCCGGAUUUUAACGCCAGGGCCAAAGUGUAUUUUGCGUCUCUGCUGACCGUGGCGCUUCACGGGAAACUGGAAUAUUACACAGACAUCAUGAGGACACUUCUGCUGGGGCUCAUGGAGGACUACGUUCACAGCAAGAACCCUAAACUGCUGCUUCGCAGGUCUGAAACGGUGGUGGAAAGGAUGCUGAGUAACUGGAUGUCCAUCUGUCUCUAUCAGUACCUGAAGGACAGCGCUGGAGAGCCGCUCUACAAACUCUUCAGGGCCAUCAAGCACCAGAUUGAGAAGGGGCCUGUGGACGCACAGGUCAAGAAAGCCAAAUACACGCUGAACGACACCGGCCUUCUGGGAGAUGACGUGGAGUAUGUUGUGCUGACGCUGCAGGUGCUGGUUCAGGGCGAGGGGCCGGACAUCACCCCCGUGAAGGUGCUGAACUGUGACACCAUCUCUCAGGUGAAGGAGAAGAUCAUCGAGCAGGUCUACAAAAACCUGCCGUACUCUCAGAGACCCAAAGUAGACAGCGUCACCCUCGAAUGGCGUCCCGGCUCCACGGGACAGAUCCUGUCAGAUCUAGACGUGUCGUCACAGAAGGAGGGCAGGUGGAGGCGCAUCAAUACGUUGGCCCAUUAUAACGUACGUGAUAAUGCGACGGUGGUCCUCUCCAGAGUUCAGCACACACAUCAAUCCUACGAGCAAAAUCACGAUAACCAUGAAGAGAGAAACGCCCUGCUGGACGAUGAUAAAGUGUUUCACCUGGUGCGACCGGCCGAUGAGCUGGACGAGAUAAAAUCUAAGAGAGGCAGCAUAAAGGACAAAUCCAUGACCAAAGCCAUCACUGAGAUCUAUCUGACCCGACUGCUUUCCGUCAAGGUGCUGAGCUCUUCAUGCAUUCACCACAUCUGACUUCAGCGUUAACGU